UCAUAGCGUGGAUUUAUAUCAAAUCGUAAGAAAGUUUUCCAUUUUUUCUUCAACGUUCCUAUAAAGUUACAAUAUUAGUUAUUUAUCGAAGUUGUGUCUAAAAUGGCAUUGAAUACUUUUUCUAUUCAAAAUUUGAUUUUACUCGGUAUUUUGAUACUGAGUGGCGGUAAUAAUAUUAGAGGAACAUCGGGAUCAACAUUGAAAGCUGUUUCAAUGUUAUUUCGGCACGGAGAUCGGGCGCCUGCAGUGUCAUAUCCAUUGGAUCCUUACCACGACUACCCUUGGCCGGGUGGAUAUGAAGCACUAUCGCCGAGAGGAUACAGAGAACUAUAUGGUUCUGGUUUAAUCAAAUCUACUCGAUAUUCAUCUCUUUUUGCUAUUGAUUGUGAUAGAGACGCUACCUGCACGAUGACUCUCAAUAAAAUUUUGGUUCUAAGCAGUGCAACUCAACGAUGUGUCGACAGCGUUCAAAGUUUCUUAAAUGGAUUUGUUCGAGCUGAUUGGCCUUCAAGUUUAGUUAACGUCAUACCACCAAAUCAGGAUGAGAUGUUAGGCGGAGGAAAGCCAUGACCUAAUUAUGACGACACCUUAACAACUGGAAUGAGUUUAGACCACCCCGAAUUCAAGAAAAUCAUUGAUUUUGAAUCAACAGAAGGUCAAGAACUGAUAGAUUAUUUACAGAACAACACGGGCCUUGUCAUAGAUUCGGCCAUGGGUCUGCUAACUCUUGAGGAUAUUUUGUUGGUCGAAAAGGACAACGAUCUUGAAUUGCCUGCCUGGACUGAUUCCGUUUUUGAGCAAUAUCUCGUACCACUCACCUCAAUUGUUUUCGAUAUUUGGGGUUCUUCCGAAUUUAUGAAAAUUCGCAGCUCAACUCUGUUUAGGGAUAUAACGACUAGACUUGACAACCUAAUCACGGGAUCCAGUGACCAGAAUGUUUUGUUGUAUUCAGCCCAUGACGCAACUGUUAGUACUAUGCUCCAUUUCCUUGGAAUUCGGGAUCAAACUGUUGCUAGACCAACCUAUGCGGCGUCGCUUAAUUUGGAGCUUCAUGAAAAUCAAGAAAUAGAGGACGAUUUUG